GCCAAAUGCAAGCUAACGGUGUACCUCUUCCCGCCACUAAACCAGACCGCCGAGAUCCACCACUAAAUUUACUCGCAUAUAUCUUGCUCAAAUAUUCAAAAUUCCUUUAAUAUUUGUUAUUCCAAGCCUCAAAUCAAUCCCUUCUCUCCCAUUGGUCUUCUCUCCAACCUCAAAAACAAUCUUAAAAAUGGCAUUAACAGUCAAACCUCCGGGCUUCCAUUUACUACCCAACAAAACCCACCGCCGCCACGUCCGCAUUCCGGUGCUCUGCCGCCGUGCCACCGACGACGCAUGUCCGGCGGCGAAGCGGCGGGACGUGCUCAUCACUCCCCUGCUGGCCGUGGGAGCGUACGCGCUCCACUCAGCGGUGGCCAAGGCGGUAGAAGCUCCGGCGAAGGAGGAGGUGAUAAACUCGAGGAUUUACGACGCGACGGCGAUAGGAGAGCCGCUGGCGCUGGGGAAGGACAAGAGAAAGGCGUGGGAGAAGAUGAUGAAGGCGCGGAUCGUGUAUUUGGGCGAGGCGGAGCAAGUCCCUACGCGAGACGAUAAAGAGGUGGAGCUGGAGAUCGUCAAGAGCUUGAGGAAGAGAUGCCUUCAAGUUGAGAGGCCCAUGUCUUUGGCAUUGGAGGCUAUUCCUUCUGAUUUGCAGGACCACCUUAAUCGCUAUAUGGAUCCAAGGAGCAAUGCAGAGGCCCUAAAGUCUUUACUAACACAUUGGCCGUCGCAGCGGUGGCAAGAAUACGAGCCUCUACUCACUUACUGCCGCGAUAAUGGAGUUCGACUUAUUGCAUGCGGCCUUCCACUUCAGAUCCUACGAACAAUUCAAAGUGAAGGAGUUGGAGGGCUGUCGAAAGGUGAUCGUAAGAAGUAUGCUCCGCCUGCUGGGUCGGGCUUCAUCACAGGCUUCCCUUCCAUCUCAAGGCGCACUUCAUCAUCGUCGUCGUCUCUUGAUAUAAAUUUCUCGAGCCCGCCAGCGCCGUACGAGCCGAGCUCGUACCUCUCCAUACAAGCGAGAGUGGUGGAGGACUACUCCAUGUCUCAGACCAUCUUACAGGCCGUGGCAGAAGGUGGGAGCAACGGCAUGCUGGUGGUGGUGACGGGCGCUGGGCACGUGGCGUACGGGUCGAGAGGGACGGGUCUGCCGGCAAGAAUCUCGAGAAAGAUGCAGAAGAAAAAUCAAGUGGUGAUAUUGCUUGACCCGGAGCGGCAGUAUAUUAGGAGGGAGGGCGAAGUCCCUGUUGCGGAUUUCUUGUGGUAUUCGGCUGCGAGGCCGUGCAGUAGAAACUGCUUCGAUCGUGCUGAGAUUGCUCGAGUCAUGAAUGCUGCUGGAACCAGGAGAGAAGCCUUGCCUCAGGACCUUCAAAAUGGACUGGAUCGUGGUCUAGUGUCCCCUGAAGUACUGCAGAAUUUCUUCGAUCUAGAGAGAUAUCCUCUCAUCUCCGAACUCACACACCGCUUCCAGGGUUUCAGAGAAAGAUUACUGGCAGAUCCGAAAUUUCUACACAGGUUGGCCAUAGAAGAAUCCAUAUCAAUCAGCACAACCCUGAUAGCUCAAUACCAAAAGCGCAAAGACAAAUUCAUGGAAGAGCUGGACUACGUUGUGACCGAUACGCUAAGGGGAAUCGUAGUGGAUUUCUUCACGGUGUGGCUCCCGGCGCCCACGCUGUCGUUCCUCCCCGUGGCCGACAGCAUCCCCGACAGCUUAGAAACCCUCCUGGGCUCCAUCCCCGACAACGCCUUCCAGAAAAAUCCAGUUGGAAGGAACUGGAACUUCAAUCAUAGGAUUGCAUCCGUAGUGUUUGGCGGCCUCAAGCUGGCUGCUGUCGGAUUUGUUUCCAGCAUUGGCGCUGUCGCCUCGUCCAACAUUCUCUACGCGCUUCGGAAGCUUCUCAAUCCCACCCUUGCUGGGAUGGAAGGGAACAAACGCUCGCCUAUACUCAAAUCAGCGCUCGUCUAUUGCACUUUUCUUGGAACAUCAGCGAAUCUGCGAUAUCAGUUUAUUGCAGGAAUAGUGGAGCAUCGUGUUUCGGACGAGUUCUCUGACCAGCCAUUGCUUGUAAACGUGAUCUCAUUUGUGGCUCGAACAUUAAACUCCUACUGGGGAACGCAGCAAUGGAUAGAUCUGGCAAGGUACACAGGGCUGCAGGCUAGUAAGAAGGAAGAAUUAUCAUUUCAACCGGCUCCAGAUGCGUCCAAUUCUGCUGCAAUGGAGUGUAAAAUCUUAGAAGAUACCAACAUUGAUGAAGCCAACACGCAGUAGACUUUAUAUCUUUGGUAACUAUAUUGAGAGAAAUGUUUUGCAGAUUGCAUAGUUUCUCUCAAAGUUUUGGCAACCUCAUAGUGUACAGAUGGUUUAAAUCGCUCGGAAAUGGAGACCACACACCACGGCAAUACUUUCAUUGAAUCUUAAUUAAA